UAAUAAAAGAAGCACGGGCGUUCUGAGGACCAUGCCGGCGCCUUCAAGUGCAAUUUCUAUUGCAGUUGUACGUCCUGAUUGCGGGUACGUUGUCCUGACGACAUACAGAAGCUACAAUCCAGAGUGGUAACAAUUCGUGUAUAAUAGGAAUCGAAAAGUGAUUGGGAAGGGCAACCAAUGUGAACUAAACGCUGGAUAAACAAGAAGUUAAACACACACACUCAUCUACACCCGCACACAUAAGCACACAGUCACACUGACACACACACAGAAAAAUUGUGAUAUACUUUCAUAGGAAAAUCCAUGUGAAACCCAUUGGGAAAAUCCCUCUCUCCUAAAUAGAAAACAUUUACAUUUUGUACAUACCACGCCGACUUAUUCACGUUCUAAGUACAAAUCCAUCAACUAAAAAAAUCUUGAAAAAUCAUCAACUAUAAGCAAAAUGGAUUUCGAUCAAAUACUUGCCAAAUGUGGCGAUUUCAAUCGUUAUCAAUUCAUGAUACUCGCCCUCUUCGGCUUUAUCAAUAUCAUCGUAUCGAUGCAUUAUUUUACACAAACAGUCAUUAGUUUUGUGCCAGAUCAUUGGUGCUAUCACGAUAAGCUAGUGAAUAUGACGUAUAAGGAAAUAGCUGAAAUCUAUUCAAGAUUUGAGAAUCCAUCAUGCACACGUUUGGCAGACAUCAAUGGACCAAAUGUCACAGUUAGCACUGAGAAAUGUGAACGCUGGAUCUAUAAUUAUGAUUUUGGCUAUAGAAGCAUGAACACAGAGUUGAAUUGGGUCUGUGAUUCGGCUUACAAGGCUCGCAUAGGACAAUCUUUAUUCUUUAUUGGCUCUGUGGUGGGCACCUUAUUCUAUGGCCUGUUAUCUGAUAAAAUUGGUCGUGUUCCUGCUUUAAUAUUAUCUAAUUUCUGUGGCUUUGCUGGCGAUUUCUCAACAAUAUUCACCAAAAGUGUGGCUACAUUUACAUUGUGCCGUUUCAUAUCGGGUCUGGCGGCCGAUACCAAUUUCUAUCUCAUGUAUAUUAUAGUGCUCGAAUAUAUACGUCCUAGCAUGCGUACUUUGGGUCUCAAUAUGGCUGUGGGUCUAUUCUAUUGCCUGGGCUUGGUAUUCACUCCUUGGUUGGCUGUUCUGGCCGGUCAUUGGCAAAUCUAUUUGGCCUGCACUUCCAUACCCAUUCUCCUGGUGGUUCUCUUCUAUUUUGUGGUGCAAGAAAGUGCCCAAUGGUUGGUCACUCGUAAUGACAUUGAUGGCGCCAUUAAGCGAUUGAAACGUGUGGCCAAGUUCAAUGGUUGUCGAGUAACGCAGGCGGAUUUCGAUGAGUUCCGUCGUCACUGUCAGAUGACACGAGAGAUGCAAGGUGGCGAUGAUAAGAAGCAUGCCACUCUCUUGGAUAUGUUCAGGACGCCGCGCAUGCGCAAGAAUACAUUGAUUUUGUUCUUCAAGAGCAUGGUUAUUACUCUGUGCUACGAUGCUGUCUCUCGUAAUGUAGAAGGCAUGGGAAUUUCCCCCUUCAUUAUGUUCUCGCUAAGUGCCUUGGCCGUUUUACCAUCCAGCAUUCUGUUGGUCCUGCUCCAGGAUCGCAUUGGACGUAAGGGCAUGGCUUCGGGCUCGCUGCUGGUGGGUGGCCUCUUCACAGCCGCUGCUGGCAUUGCCAUAGCCUAUCAACAGGAUAAUCAUAAUGCCAUAUUGUUGGCAUGUCUGACCAUAGCUGCACGUUUUGGUGUUGCUAUAUCCUAUGAAUCGGGCUCACAAUAUGCCACCGAAUUGAUACCCACUUGUGUGCGUGGACAGGGUGUAGCAGCUGUGCAUGUGGCUGGAUUUGCCGCCUCUUUCCUGGCUCCCUACAUUCUCUGGUUGGGUACAUUCUUUAAGGCAGCUCCUUCCAUCAUAUUGGGCAUUCUAUUCUUUGCUGGCUCCUUUGUAUGCCUCCUGCUGCCCGAGACAUUGAAUAGGAGCCUGCCGACCACCAUUGAGGAAGGUGAAGUCUUUGGCAAGGGUGAACGCAUGUUCGAUUUCCCUUGUCUCCAACAUCAUGACGAUGAUGAAGAGUCCGACUCUGAGUUGGAGAAAUAUAAGCGCAAACAUUCACUCAUCGAUGCCAAGCAACAGGUGGACUCCAAUAGUAGCAAGCGUAAGCAAUCCCUCAUCGAUGCCGAUCGUGAAGAACAGGCACUCAAGGAUGCCAAGCAUUAGUUUUUGUAAUUAGCCAGCAUUAGUUUAAAACAAAUUUUAAGAUAUCCAGAGUUAAUCCAACAAACAACAAAAGAGACAAGAAAACAUUAUCCCUCACCACACAAGUGUGCUCAUAACGAUGAAGACGACGCCUUUACCCAAUUAUCUAUAUAAUAUCAUAUACCUACCUAUUAUUAACGUUUGCUAGUUUUUUUUAUGUAGGUCAUAACUCAAUAAGGCUAAUGUAACAAUUUUUCAAAACAAAAAAAAACAAUUUUUUUCCAAAAAAUGUGUAUAAAAAUGGAACAGUAAAGUUAACAUAUAAGCGGCACAACAUCACUUAAAUGAAAUAGAUUGGAAAACACACACAUAUACUUAAAUAUACAUAUACUAUACUUAAAUUUAUUCUAUUGUAUAUACAUUAUAAGUGCUCUAGUAGUAAGGUUUAAUUGAAUUAUUCAAUUAUUUGUUCAAUGCUAAAAGAAAACAAA